GAGUCUGGUCUAUGAACUUGGCAACAUGCCAACCUCCGACGCGCUGUCGAUGACUAUGUCCUGCUGGCGCCCACCCUCUUGCUUACUUUUCACACCUUGUCGAACGCCGCCCCGCAUCAACAACAGCCAACGCGCAGUAACAACAGAUCCACAGCGACUGCUCCUUCACAGAGAUGGCCAAAAGGAAAGCAACUAGGGCGACUGAUCUCAAUGAACUCAAGAAGCGCGCUCGGCAAGAGAUAGCACCACAGCCUCUCAGCUCUGAGGAUAUCAAGAGAGCCCUAAUCAAAUCCAGCCAUGAUUCUUACAUGUUUAUAAUGGAGCAGUGGUCGAGGUAAGCCGCAUACUACAUGUUGGCAAAUCAGAAUAAUACAGCUAAGUGGCUGCUAAGAUUUUCAAAGGAUGUCCUGGAGAAGCCGAUGCCUGAGCUCCGUUUCACAGAGGCACCUACAACUUUCCAGAAUAAACUCUUCCUUAAAUGGUUCGCUCAAUCCUGUACUAGUCUACUAGAGGAAUG